AUGGCUAGUCAGCGAAAGUUGCACGUCUUCCGGGUAACGGGUCUUUCUAGGGAUCGACCUGAUACAGAUCUCCAGACGGCGUUACAGGAAGCCCUCCAGGACCACUUGAACGACGAUGAGAGAUCGCAGAUCGAGGCCGAGAUAACGAUCGUACCUUCAUGCUAUGAAGCGGAUACACAGAGAGUGGCGCUGGUGCGGUUUCGUGGUGGGAUACCUCAGUUCCUUAGUGAGCUGAGAGUCGACCCUCUCGGAAACUGGCAGUUCGAGAUGGGAGACUGUGACAUUAACUUUGACUGCCAUUUCUUUGGCUUUACCCAGCUCUACGCGCCGGACAAAAAGGAGCCAGUUAUUGCAGAUAUUAUCGCAAUUGCUGGGCUGGAUGGACACGCUUACGGAUCGUGGCAGGGACGAGGCAAUCUCGGUCGCAUGUGGCUUCGCGAUUUCCUAUCCAAGGAUUUACCACGAUGUCGCAUGAUGAUCUAUGGCUACAACUCGAAGCUGUCGAGCCAUGGGGUCGAUACCAUCCUGGACUACGGGGGGGAGCUGAUAGAGGAGAUCAAGAAAAUCAGGAACACAAAGGAGCUCCAGCAGAGACCUCUCUUCUUCAUUGCACACAGCUUUGGAGGUAUUAUCCUGGCUCAUUGCCUGGUACGGGCCAUCCAGACGAUGGAGGACGACCACCCAGCCAUCACAUCGCUGUAUCGGGCCACAUACGGCAUGCUCCUCUUUGCCAUCCCGCACAGGGGCCUCCUCGUAAGCGAUAUCCAGCAGAUGCUGGCUGGGGAUAAGAAGCAUCCGCGCGAGAGAUUACUGCAGCAAAUUUCCAGCAAAUCCGAUCUGUUGAUGCACCAGCUGGCGGAUUUUAAGAAUCUAAUCCAAGACCGCAAGGUGGUCAGCUUCUACGAGACGGAGCAGACGAGGCAGUUGGUCUUUGAGUCGGAUCACGGACGAUGGGAACGCACAGGGGAUUUGGUCACGGCCGUCGACUCGGACUCAGCGCUUCUCGAGCUUCCCGACCAUGUGGAGGACAAGGUGCCGCUGCAUGCGGACCACUCAAGGAUCGUCAAGUUCGACACGCGCAACGCGGCCGGGUAUCGAACGGCGCUCGAUAAACUGCGACAGUUCGCCCAAAACGCCCCAUCGGUGGUGGCGGCUCGAUUUAUGCAGGCGCGUUACCGACUCCAGCCAUGCUCCACGGUGCCGUUCAAGAAGGAUCCGAUGUUCGUAGGGCGUGAGGAUAUCAUCCAGACGAUCAAUAAAAAAGUCAGGGUGAUCGGCCAAGGUCACGAACGGAUGGCAUUGAUAGGAUUAGCCGGUGUGGGCAAAACACAAACGGCCAUCGAAUAUGCCUACCGCGUGCGAGAAUCCGUACCGUACAUGUGGGUGUUCUGGAUUCACGCCAGCAAUGCGGCUCGGGUCCAGCAAGGCUACCAGCAGAUUGCGGUCGUCGCCGAGAUCCCAGGACGCGACGACCCAAAGACAAACAUCCUGCAGCUCGUCUAUCAGUGGUUGUGCGACGAGAGCCAUGGCCACUGGCUGAUAGUGUUGGAUAAUGCGGAUAACGACAGGAUGUUUUUCCAUAGCGACGACGCGGACGGACGAGCCCCACUGGUGAGCUUCCUGCCCCAGGCCACCCACGGAUCGGUCCUGGUAACGUCGCGGAAUCGUCUGGCGGCGCGAAAUCUGGUCGGGAUUGACGGUCUUAUCAUUGAUAUUCCGCCCAUGAAUAAGAACGAAUCGCUGCGGUUACUCCGGACGAGGAUUCCUGGCAGCCCAUCACGGGCAGGGGAUGAAGAAGCCCUGGUGCAGGCGCUGGAGUACAUCCCGCUGGCGAUCACCCAGGCCGGAUCCUACAUUGCGAACCGAUUACCGCGCACCUCGGUCUCCCAAUACUUGCAACUCUUUCAUGAGAGCGAGUCGAACCAGACCUAUCUUCUGCGGCAUGAGGAUGCAAAAGAUCUUCGGCGAGACCCGGGCAUUCGAGAUGCGGUCAUUACGACAUGGCAGCUGUCAUUUGAGCAAAUUCGCCAGGAUCAGCCGUCCACGACGGACCUGCUCGCGCUGAUGAGCAUGUUCGAUCGGCAGGGGAUUCCCGAAGACCUUGUUCGUGGGGACGACGGCAGACUGCAGUUUGAAGAUCGAUUGGCGCCGCUGAUAAGCUAUUCUUUGAUCCGGGUGGAUGGAGAUGCACAGCUGUUUGAAAUGCACCGACUGGUGCAGCUCUCGGUCCGGGCAUGGCUGAAAACCCGACAGCAGCUGGACGGGUGGCAGGCCCAGUCGCGAAAGAUUAUGGCGCAAGUAUUCCCCAAUGGCGAAUACGAAUACUGGACACAAUGUCGAUCGCUUCUUGCACAUGCCAAACAUGUGCUGGAGUCUCGACCUGAGGUCGAUGAUGCAGAUCGAUUAAAUGUGGCCACCAUCUCCGAUAAUUGUGGAUGGUUUCUAGAUCUUCAGGGAGCGUACGAUGAGGCGGAAGCGAUGCAUCGACGGGCUCUAGAAGCACGAGAGAAGGUGCUUGGCCGCGAGCAUCCUAACACGCUCACCAGUGUUAACAAUCUUGGCAAUGUGCUCUCCAGCCAAGGGAAAUAUGACGAGGCGGAAGCGAUGUAUCGACGGGUUCUAGAAAGAAGUGAGAAGGUGCUUGGAGUAGAGCAUCCUAACACGCUCAAUAGUGUCGAUAAUCUUGGCUUAGUGCUCUUUAAGCAAAGGAAAUAUGAAGAGGCGGAAUCGAUGUGUCGACGGGCUCUAGAAGCACAAGAGAAAGUGCUUGGCCGCGAGCAUCUUAACACGCUCACCAGUGUCAAUAACCUUGGCAAUGUGCUCUCCAGCCAAGGGAAAUAUGACGAGGCGGAAGCGAUGCAUCGACGGGUUCUAGAAAAAAGUGAGAAGGUGCUUGGAGUAGAGCAUCCUAACACGCUCAAUAGUGUCGAUAAUCUUGGCUUAGUGCUCUUUAAGCAAAGGAAAUAUGAAGAGGCGGAAUCGAUGCAUCGACGGGCAUUGAAAGGAUCAGAAAAAGCUCUUGGACUGGAGCAUCCCUUUACUCUGACUAGCAUGAAAAAUCUCGCAUCAACUUAUUGGAACCAGGGUCGAUGGAACGAAGCUGAGAAACUGGAAGUGCAAGUACUUGAGACAAGGAAGUUAGUUCUUGGACUGGAGCAUCCAUUUACUCUGACUAGCAUGAACCAUCUCGCAUCAACUUAUUGGAACCAGGGUCGAUGGAACGAAGCUGAGAAGCUGGAGGUGCAAGUACUGGAGACAAGGAAAACAGUCCUUGGACUGGAGCAUCCCGACACUCUGGUCAGCAUGGCGAACCUAGCAUCAACGUACCAGAAUCAGGGUCGAUGGAACGAAGCUGAGAAGCUGGAGGUGCAAGUACUGGAGACAAGGAAGACAGUUUUGGGAACUGAACACCCCUUUACUCUAAUCAGCAUGAAUAAUCUCGUAUCAAUCUACCAGGAUCAGGGUCGGUGGAAUGAAGCAGAGAAGCUGAACAUGCAAGUGAUAGAGGCAAGGAGGACAGUCCUAGGAGCUGAGCAUCCCGACACUCUGGUCAGCAUAGCGAAUCUAGCAUCAACCUAUCGGAAUCAGGGUCGAUGGAACGAAGCUGAGGAGCUUGAGUUACAAGUAUUGGGGUUUAGUAGACAAAUUCUUGGACCAGAGCAUCCUAACACUGUGAGCAGCAUGGGAAAUCUUGCAUCGACAUACUGGAACCAAGGACGGUGGAAGGAAGCAGAAGAGCUUGGUAUGCAAGUAAUAGAGACAAAAAAGACAGUCCUAGGAGCUGAGCAUCCCGACACUCUGAUCAGCAUAGCGAAUCUAGCAUCAACCUAUCGGAAUCAGGGUCGAUGGAACGAAGCUGAGGAGCUUGAGUUACAAGUAUUGGGGUUUAGUAGACAAAUUCUUGGACCAGAGCAUCCUAACACUGUGAGCAGCAUGGGCAAUCUUGCCUCGACAUACUGGAACCAAGGACGGUGGAAGGAAGCAGAAGAGCUUGAUGUGCAGGUGAUGGAAAUUAGCGAACGGAUACUUGGACCAGAGCACCCUAAUACCCUAAGCAGCAUAGCAAACCUCGCAUCGACGUACAAGAACCAAGGACGGCUGAAGGAAGCAGAAGCGCUAAAUUUGCGGAGGGGCAAGCGCGAGAGGGAAGCCACCUCCGUAGACUUUUCACACACACUAGCGGAUUCUUCUCCUUACCUUUGGUCAGAUCAAGCUCGCUCUACCCCCCCGUCUUCGCUAUCAUAUGGAGCCAUCGUGGACAUUGACCCAGUUAUAGAGUCUCGUUUACCCAUGACCUUCUUCAACUAUAAAACGCCGAAAAUGGAACAUAAGCUUGAGAAAAGAGAAGAUGAUGUCCAGUCACUUAAGUCAACAGCUGACGACAUUAACUCCUUAGCUGAAACUGACCCUGGGGCGGCCAAUUAUCAACAAGUUGCGGUGAAAUAUAUUGUAAAAACGUUUACGGACGACUUUGAGCUGUUAGCUCUAUAUCAGGAAGCAGCUAAAACCAUGGGCGAAGCGACGUUCGUGAGAAAUCAUCGACGCUUGUUGAAGACAUUUUUCAUGGAUCUCCGCUCAGACGGCCAUAUCCCUUCCCAAAAGAUAGCUGUUGAAUUCUUGCGCUCGCGAAACAACAGAAUUCGCAUCUCCGCGGGAGUUUGUACCCUUGUUAAGCCCACAGACAAUACUAUUCGAGAAAAAAUAAACAUCAUGCUGAAUCAGGAGAAGGACAGUCUCUCUUUGCUUGAUCGUUUUCUGGAUGAUGGGGAUUCUACAGCGCAGCCAGCGCACACGGAUAAUGAUGGUAUAAUAUCCGGUGACAUGGCAGGUAUACCAUAUUCUGCAUCAGGCAAUGCAGACGAUGCCAGGCAAGACAGCGAAGACACGGAUGACGAUAAUGACAGAGGAAACGAUGUGUCCGAGGCCGAGCUAUCUAAACUAAAAGAAACCGCAGAAUUCCUUAUCUCCGGACGACCCUUCCACCUCUAUAAGCAAAAUCUUCGUAGAUUUCUCUAUCAUUCACCUGGGAUAGCUGACUCACGAGAGAAACUACAACCCGAUGCUACGUCAACUAACUCUGUGUUUCUUGAGCCAUCAUUCCAGGAUAUUAUGAUUUCGUUCCCUCAAAAGCCAUCGAAUAAUGGCGAGAACGAAAGGUUUUAUGUCGCUGCCAAAUCAGAGCUAUUGGAAGAACAGAGAGGUGACACUAAUCAAGUUUCUCAUCAGAGAGACAAUCCUGCGGAGGAAAUCCCAUCAGACUAUAUGAAACCUGACAAGGUGACGAUAUGGUCGUCGUGGUGGCUUUGGUUAAUGGGCAUCUGCUUCCCUCCACCCACCAGCUACCGAAGGAUAUCAUAUAUUUGUGGUUGCGGUGAACUUUCGUAUGUCGAUGUUAGAGAGUUGUCACCGGGUGGGAUUGAAAGAUUCCGGCAAAGACUCAUUAAGAGCGUGGCCGCCGUCAGGAGUCGGCCACAACCUUCGCCUAAUUCCAAUGAGAUCACGCUUCCGCCUAAAGCCCAAUUGAGAUCCAGUAGGAAUGGGCCACAGCCCAGCCUCCCACAAUCUCUACAUCGGAUAUCGUCAGAGUUUGCAAAUACCGAAGCCCAUAGAAACGCAUCUGAGCCUCGCAAUCUUCAUGCUCUUGGUGAUCCACAGUACCUUCUCGUCUGCGUCAAUACGAAGAAUUCCACAGCCCUGGUUCAUGUCGAUGUCAGUUCGAUUGGUAGUGACGAGUUCCUUUUUCAAAAUAUUAGCAGUGGGUAUAAAAGUGUUCGUAGGGCUCAUGAAUGGAGAUUUGCCUUACUUGUUCCACCUUUGUUUCAGCUUAUCCCUAUCGGAGAAGAAAGUUGUCCAAGAUGGUUCAAGACCAGAGAGUUUCCCCCCGAGGAUGAGGUAACGGCAAGAAGAUAUCUUUACGAGCCUGUUCCAAUGGAAGACGCCGAACUUGCUGACAUUCCAUUGCCGCACUUACUGAAGCCAGGACCCCAUACGGACGGAUUCUGGAUGACGAUGUUCCCCAAAAAGCUUCGAGAAGAGUUAGUCAGACCACCAGGUGCCCAAGGUCAGCGUGUUAUAGGAUGGGGAAUCCGUAUCAACGAGAGUUUGGACUGGUCUGCUAUUCUUUUUUCAAUAUUCAUUUUACUUCUUGUAAUUGGGUUUGUCGUGAUCAUAUAUGCAGCAGUCACCUCGGAUAACAACUCUGCAUUCAGUUUAGGAUCGUUUCUGGGCACGUUACUUACGGUAUACAUUACUUAUCAAUAUUUGGCAUGGAAGGAGCGGCCGUAA